AUGGCCAUGUCCCGCUUGCUGCUAUUGCAAUUUCUGCUGAUGCUCGCUGUCAUGAUGGUUUGGUCAAAGACAAAGAAACCCACGUACCACUAUCAUCGCUCUCUGUACUCUAAGUAUGCUGCCCAGCAUAAUCCCCGGAUACAGUGGGGCUACAAACGCCAUCAUCCUGUCUAUCCGGAAGUGAAGGCUGCACCUGCAUUCGGCACAUCCAAGGAGCCCCAGAUCAAAAUUGGUUCGUCGGGAAUGCAGGUGCCUCUGCACGAUCUGCUCGUACGCGUCUACAACCACGGGGAGUUCCUGUGCGUGGGCACCCUCAUAGCCGAGAGACUGAUCGCCACAGCAGCGACCUGCUUCGUCAAUGUGGAGAUUCGGGAUCUCACAAUCAAAACCUACACGAACGAGGUGAUGGAAGUAAUGCAAAAGAACACCACGAAGUAUUUCAAGUUAGAUAACAAGUCGCUGUUGAGCAUCCUGGAAUUGAAGCAUUCCGCCGCAAACGAAUUUGUGACAACCAGCCAGGCAAAGCUGUGCGACACCACGCUGCAGCCCAGGUUCGUCGUGGAGCUGCCCACCUACAUACGCACCCGUCACAGUGUCCACACGCAGACCACUGAGGUACUGCCCUUGGAGGAGUGCCGGAAACGCAUGAAGGACCCCAGCGGCAAGGUGAUAACUGACACGAUGAUUUGUGUGAAGAACAGAAAGUACUCGGCCAAGUGCCAGAACACCUUUGGCAAUCCCCUGAUCUACAAUGGCAUGAUCUGUGCCAUCAAUGUUAUGGGCCACAACUGUCCCAAGCCCUUCGGGGUCGACGUGUAUGACAUGCUCUACAAUGCAGCAGACUUUGUGGGCGACAAAAUGACGUUCAUUGCAAACGCCAAGCUGGAUGAUGAUAUAGUCUAG